AUGGUAUUGAAAUGGACUAACCGUGGGGCUAAUCCCGUCCCUGCUUCCAAGCCAGCUCCUAUGCCAGUUGCUGCUCCAGGAAUCGACACUACGCCCGAAGUUGUCUACGAUGGCGCUCCCUUGAAACCUGCUUCUGAGGUUUUCAAGUCAUACGGAAAGCACAUCUUCACAGGCAAGCUUGCCGAGUACUUCCUUAAGAAGAAUGGAGGUAGCCUUGCCAUGUUCGAAGACUCCACUUGGGUCAAGGACAGAACCAAGGCCGAUAUCAUCGCCGCCGCCAUCUUGGAUUGGGCCGUCGCUCAUGGUGCCAUCACCUAUUGCCAUUGGUUCCAACCUAUGGGAUCUGCUGGUGUCCGUCACGGACAAACCGGUCAAGUGUACGACCAAAUGCUCAAGUUUGACUCCAAGACUUACGAAUUGAAGUACGACUUUGAUGGAGGUGACCUUGUCAAGGGAGAAACCGAUGGUUCUUCUUACCCCAACGGUGGACUUCGUGCCACCCACACUGCUGGAGGAUACCUCGCCAUUGACUGCUCUUCUCCCAUCUUCCUUCGUGGAGAUACCAUCUUCAUCCCUUCCAUCUUUGUCUCCUACUACGGUAUGGCCCUUGAUGAGAAGACACCUGUUCUUCGUGCCAACGAUGCCCUUUCCAACCAAGGAAAGCGUCUUCUUUCCAAGCUUGGUCUUGAAACAACUGGUCUUAAGGCCAACAUUGGUUUGGAACAAGAGAUCUUCCUUAUCCCCCGUGACCAAUACUACCGUCGUCCCGAUCUUCAAUUCACUGGACGUACCAUCAUGGGAAAAUACGCGCCUCGUGACCAAGAAAUGUGCGAUCACUACAUGGCCCCUCUAUCUAACGCCAGUCCUGCCCUCAACUGUAUGAAGGAAAUCCAAAAGGAAUGCUGGAAGAUGGGAAUUCCUCUGAAGACUCGUCACCGUGAGGUAGCUCCUAACCAGUAUGAGUUCGCUCCCCUUUUCGGAACCAACACUGGACAAAUCGACCAGAACUUGAUUGUCAUGCAGGUCAUUGAAGAAAUUGCCGCCAAGCACGGACUUGCUGCCCUCCUUCAAGAAAAGCCUUUCGACGGAAUCAACGGAUCCGGAAAGCACAACAACUGGUCCAUCUCCACCCUCGAAGAAGUUCAACUUUUCGUUCCCAAGGCCAUCAACGCUGCCUGCGGUAGCCACAGUGCCUUCCCCGUUAUCAUGGCUGCGGUCGUUGCUGCCGUCGAUACCCAUGGUGAUUUGAUGAGAAUGGCCAUUGCAUCCCCAGGAAAUGACUUCCGUCUUGGAGCCUGUGAGGCGCCACCUGCCAUCAUCACCACCUACCUUGGUGACGAUAUGACCAACUACUUGGAAGCCUUCAUGAACGGUGAAGACAAGGAAUACACUCCCAACACCCGAACCAUCGACGUUGGUAUCAGCGGAGUCGAAGCCUUCACUGUCCCUGCUGAGGAUCGUAACCGUACUUCUCCAUUCCCAUAUGGAGGAGCCCGUUUCGAAUUCCGUGCCGUCGGAUCUUCCCAGAAUGUCUCCAUGGUCAACACCGUGUUGAACGCCAUGUGCGCUGAGAAGUUUGGAGAAUUCGCCGACAAGAUUGAAGCUGGAGAAGAACCAGUUGCCGUUGCCCGUGCCGCCUUGAAGGAGCACUGGAAGGUCAUCUUUAACGGAAACGGAUACGACCUCGGAAACCAACAAAUGUUGACCGACAAGGGUUGCUGGCGUAUCGAUUCUGGAGUUGAAGCCAUGUCCGUCAUCACUGCUGACAAGAACGUUGCUCUUUUCGAGAAGUUGGGUGUCAUGACCGCUGUCGAAUGUAAGGCCCGUCAAGAUGUCAUGCACGAGCACUACACCGGAACUGUCGUCAUGGAAGCUGCCACCAUGAUCGAUAUGAUCAACCAACAUGUCAUUCCUUCUCUUCACGCCGCCGGUGGUGAGGACGAAGCUCUUCCAAAGGCCGUCGAGACCCUCAAGCACGCCCUCGAAGAAAUCGAAGAAUGUGAAGAACAAGAAGCACAAGCAAAGCUCGCCCGUGUCCUUCGUCUUGAGACCAUGGUGGAGCUCCGUAAGCUUUGCGACGCCGCCGAGGCCGUCGUUCCUUCCCACUUGUGGACUCUUGCUACCUACAAAGAAUUGUUGUUCUUGGAUUCCCACACCCACGGACCUGGUGCCUAA